CCGCCUUUCGACGGACGUCUUCGACUUCUUCGUCGCGUGCGGAAGUACGACACAGACGGCAGCGAAACGACGGGACAGUUUCCACGUCGCGGCUAUGGAGGGCGGCGCAGAGGGUAGACAUGAUGCGUUGACUCAUCGUGAGCUGCAGGCCGUGGCGACGACCGUGUCCACGAUCGUUCUUCGAUGUCUGCAGGAGAGGGCGCUGGGGCGACUGAAGGAGCAGUUGCACGCGCGUAGACGGAGGAAAUUGACGCAAGAUCCGUGCGAUGGGGCCGAAUACGUGACAACGUCGGAGGCUGUUGUUGAGUUGUGCUACACGUUGUGUUGCGGAGUGAUACCACGUGCGACGCCGUGGUGGUGGGUGAAGCGCAGGACAGGAGGCACGUGGGAAGACCUCAAGCAAUGGGACGAUGCGAAAGAGGACUACUUCCGGGAUAAGCUUCGAAUGUCGCCGCGAGUGUUCAGGGAAAUCGCGGAGGCGUGUGCGCCUCAUCUUCAGCGGCGGGUCACGUUCUACAGGGAGCCUUUGCAGUCGGACCAGAUUGUGGCGUACCCGCUGUAUAGGUGGGCUUCAGGAGAGACGUACGAGAGCAGCACGUGCAACGUCGGGAUUGGACGAGCUUCUGGGCUGAUUGCCGUCCGCGACGUUACGGCCACGCUGCUGAGAGAAGAUCGCGUGGCCGACAGGACUUCGAAGCGGCGUUUCUCCAUCGUCGCGCAGGUUGUCAUCGACAUGGACUUGCGUGUGCUCGACGUGCAUAUGGGAUACCCAGGUAGCUGCCACGACAUCAGGGUGCUGCAGUUGUCCAGCCUGUCGCUGCUCGCAGAGGAGGGGUCGUUGUUCCGUGGUCCCCCCGUGACACUGCCGUUCGGUGUGAAGACGAACGGGUACGUUCUGGCGGACAAUGGGUACCCCCCUUCUGAAUGGAUGGUCGUCCCGUAUGGAGGCAUCAAUCAGCACGUCGAUGAGGAGCGGUUUGACAACAAACAGAAGGUGGCGAGGGGAGCAGUGGAGAGGGCGUUCGGCAGGCUGAAGGGCAUGUGGCGGCUGUUUCUGCGGACACACAAGACAAACCUGGAGAUGCUCCCGCAGCACUUCACCGCCGUGUGCAUACUGCACAACAUGCUGAUCGACGCAGGAACCCCCUUCGACGAGAAUCUGCUAUGGGAGGUCGACGCCAAUGGUGUGCGACGAUGUGGGGACCCGGGGAUCGAAGAGCCGCUCCAGCCUGUGCUGAUGAUGAUGUCGACAGACGAAGCGUUAGCGCUGAGGGAUGCUUUGGCGGAACGAUUGAAACACGAUUGAGUCGUGUUUCAUUUGUGGACAGCAGCGCGUGGAAGUGCAUUCAUUGCAGCAAUGGGCGG